AUGCACCCACUCAACCCGUUCUUGCGCGCUUUCUUCCGGAGCACUCUCCCAGCACAGUGCGCCCCGGUUCAACACCACAUUCUGCUGGUGCCGACCACUGAAGUCCUUCUCAGCACAAAAGAUCGAGAUUCAAAUGCCCUCUACGCUGAUCUUGCGACCUCGGAGGAUUUCCUAGGGAGUCAUGUCCUGCGUAUUCCGGAGGGCUCGCCAACUCCUUCUGGCAAGGAAAAUGGCCCCAUUAGGGAUGGCAGAGGAAAGCCGAAGCAAUUCACGACUGUGAAUGGCCGAACGGUCGUGGUCAAGGACACAUUUGUCUACAGUUUCAAACAUCUCAACCAAGCGCAGCUCCUCCAAGAUGUAGUUUACUACCCAGACACUCUGGAGCCGCAGCAAUGGCUCAUCUACUAUAUUUCAAAGCCUCUCGUGGGCUCGCCGGAACCAGUGGCUAUUAUGCCAGCAUUGGUUCCAGACUCCGCAAAACCUCUGCGUGGCGCCGACCCAAAGAGAACAAGUUUGAGAUUAGAAGGAACGUCAGCGCUGCCCAGGAAAAAGGAUAUCAAAUCCUUCAACGAUCUUCUCAAUCAAUUUCCGAUGAUUGCAAGGCAGAUGCAUCCAGGGCUAGAACGGCUGUUUAGGGAAUUCAAAUCGUCGGUAGAAAAGCCGUUGCCGAACCCUCCCACAGGAUCGGCUUCAUCGAUAUCAUCUCGAAGACGCUCUUCGUCCUCGUCGGCCGCGAACAGUGUCAUGUCUGCAUAUAAUGCCCUUCUCAGUGGACAAUCAGAUGCCCAUCUACCACCAUCCGCAAUUUACUUGGAAGAGGAUGAGGAUGAGCUAAGGGCUGCACUCGAAACGGCAGUUACAGCAGCUAUCGAUCUCUUCCAACUGGUUGACAAGCAGCAGCUGUCUCUUCUUGGCGCCACUACAGAUUUGACUGGCCCGUUAGUGGAGAAACAAAUAGAGCGCUAUGUGAGCGAACAGCUUCAUGAUCCGUACUUGUUCCCCCGGAUAUGUUCUGUACGACGCUCGGAGGACAUUGAGCUAGAGUCACACAUUAGGCAUAUGGUUCAUGUGGACAUAUCCCAGGUCGGGAUUCCCAUUGGAAAUGACCAUGAAGGCAAGAAAGAGCUUAUCUUGAGACUGGGUCGCGGAGUUGAGGAGUUUCGAAAGAUGGGUGUUGCCGGCAGCCCGCAAGAAAUGAUGGACGUCCUUCUGGCGACGGAGAAGACUAUCACUCGACUAGAGGCGCAAAGCCGGAAAGAAGAUGGCACUUCACCAAAGGAUGAAGAGAAACGAGAUCAUCCUGUAACAAUUAGCGCGGACACAUUGGUUUCGCUGCUGUUGGUGGUCGUCAUCAGAGCUCAAGUCCGACAUCUCUUCGCGCGCCUAUCCUAUAUGCGCCAUUUUAUAUUUGUCGAUGAUGUUGAGAGUGGCGAGAUGGGCUACGCGCUCAGUACUUUCGAGGCCGUUUUGGUUUACUUGGCAAAGGACGCCGGUGGUUUGAGACGUGCAAGCAGACUGAAUAAGCGUCUUUGGGAUGCAACACGAAAUGGUAGAGUCAGUGACAUGAGGGCAAUUCUUGAGCCGGAAGCAGCUGCGAUCGAAGAAAUGAAGACGGUGGAAGAACCGGAGGAAAUUGACGAAUAUGAUUCCGCCGUGCUUGACCAUACAUACGGCAUGAAUGGAAAUAUCAUAUCGUCUACUGCAGAUUCUGUCCCACAACCACUCAGUCAAUCAAGCGAGGAGGUUGAUGACCCAGAAAUUUCUGCACUGGCUCACGUCUUCCCAUUCCAAGCAAGCAGAAAUGCGGCCAUCAUAGAGUCUCGGAGACCUCGGGUUGUAAAGCAUGUUUCCAUGGAUACUCGCAGUCUCUCCAGCUCUUCUGGGUAUUCAUUCCACUCGCGUUCAACGACCAUGGAUUCAACCACGAGCAAUUGGGAAAGUGAUACUUCCAUUGAAAAAUUAUCCAUGACGCAAGACUCCUCUGGUCAAUCAACUUUGAUGAUGGCGGUGGAAAGUCGCCAAACCAAAGGCCUCAGGUAUCUGCUCAGCCUUGAAGAGUACUAUCCGCUAGAUUUUGUUCUCUCUGAUACAAAUAAUGAGGGUACAACGCUUCUGAGUGCAGCCGUGCAACUUGGAGAUGUGGAACUGAUCGAUACUCUUCUGGAUACAUUAUUCAAAGCGAAGCAGAGAUCCAUCAUUAGCUCUUACCUCCAAAAGCAGGAUUUUAGAGGUAGAGGCGUUGGACACUAUCUUUUCAACGCGCCUCAUCUGAUCACCAGGCUUGGAACGCUCAUAUCAUGGACUCAGCGAGAUCGGAACGGUCAAACGCCUCUAUUUGCGUUGUGUCGCUCUUAUGAUCACUCAGAAUAUAGGAGCAUGGUCGAAGCAGGUCUUGCAGCUGCGAACGAAGCUCAGGGCGAUGACGAACCGCUGCAUCUGGAUGACCAUUUAGAUGCCAAAGGCAAUACGCUCCUACACAUCGUCAGCGAUCCUUAUCUGACGGUACAAAUUCUAUAUCAUUGCGACUCCGAUGCCAACGCGACAAAUGACAAGCGGUUCACCCCACUCAUGGUCGCGAGCAAAUUCGGUAGGAUUGACAUGGUGAGAGCUUUCUUUGGAGAUCCACGAGUAGAUAUCUAUGCCAAGGAACUACGAGGCUUGACGGCUGUUGAGCUGGCCAAGGAUGAUGACGUUCGGAACCAGAUUGAUGAUUUGACUCUCUUCUCACAUCAAUCGGCAGUAGAUGGCCGCAUCACUGCUGUUGUGCGGUCUUUCUUCGUCGAUGACUCUUCGAUACGGCUAAUUGUUAAAUCCGGUGCACCAAGCUCGGAUUCGACCUUUACCGUAACGACAUGCCGACGUUCACUCACUGAUUUCGAGAACCUGGCAAAAUGGCUCUCUGUGGAACAGCCCGCGUCAUGGCUGCCGUCCAUUUCUAAUUUCCGAUCUCCGUAUCAGCUUCCAUCUAAACCGUCGAGGGCAAUUCUGCGGGACAUUCAAAUACGACUGGAUUCCUUUUUAAAAAUUCUGCUUGCCCACACAAAUUUCUCAACACAUGAGAUGCUCUGGGAAUUUUUCCUUGUCCCUGAUAUUCAACCCGAGAUGAUGGCUGAGAGGAGCAAGCGCAAGGCUGCGGCGCGGGCAGAGGAUGUGAUGGACGAAUAUCCUCCGGUGGAGGAUACUAGAGACGUGGAGACGUUUGUGGGUCAUGCGAGAGAAUUGGUACGAGGGAUGAACCAUUCUACAAGGAGUGUGCUCAGGCGCAGCAACAAAAUGAGGACCCUCCGUGGAGAUCUCUUCGAUGCCCAGGAACUUUUAGUCUCUGCGUUUUCGACACUGCCGUUCCUUCCACAGUCUCAUCUUGUCGCCUUCAAUCGGCUUAUUGCCAGCACGCAGCAGCCUGAACUCUCUCCAGAAGCCCUCUUCUUUUACGACUUUCAGUCAAUUGCUUCGACCAUACAAGCCGUUCUCGUUUCCCUUUCUCGACCACACAUGCUUAUAGAAAAUAUGGCGCAAACUUCCAAAAUCAUCGAUCGACACCUUUCGUCACUCCGGAGAUCUGACAGAUGGCCCCUCGGACUUCUUGAUGAUACUCGCAACAAAGUGCACCAAGAUGCGGCCGAUAAAGUAAUAAACAGCCGGCGGGAGCUUGCUCGGCUUGGUGCAGAACUCCGGUAUACCCAACAAACUGUCGCUGCUGAGCUAGCCGGUUGGCAGGAACUGCAUGAAAAGAUGGGGCGACGGGCCAUUCGCCAGCUCGCUCGUCGAACUUUGGUGUCGGAACGCGCCAGACUGGAGGCCAUGAAGCGAGCUGUCAGGGGCUGCGCAACCCUGCGAGAGGAAUCUCAACGAGCUAGGGGCUGA